UGAUCAUUUAACUCUCACGAUGGACUAAAUAAAACUCAACUAACUGGGCGAGGAAAGUGAAUAAUCGAAAUGGAACCAAUUUUCAGAGACGGCAAAAGAAACAGACGACCAACAUCAUGCGAACAGUGUCGGACGCGGAAAUUACGAUGUAGUCGCGGCACCCCCUGCGAUGAAUGCGUCAAGAGAGGUAAAGGCGAAUCAUGCGCAUAUGCCAGCAAUGCUAUUCGCAACAAGCCUAAAGCGCGCGAGCUGCAGGAUAGAUUGCGCAAAGUCGAAGACAUGGUUUCUGAACUCGCGCGACAGAAUAGAUUAUCGCAGGAAAUGACGAUAAUCUCACGAAAUGAGAUAGGAGAGAAUCUAAAAGCGAGCUAUGCAUCUCCUUCAUCAGUGAAAGUCCCAGGUUGUGCGACGACUUCGCCACGAGUGCGGAAUGCGCUCCGGCCGCCUAGAGAAGAGCAUAAAGUUACUUUGCAAUCUAGUCCGUGGCUUUCGAUAGUUGAUGAGAUUAAAGAGAUCAGAGAGCAAUUGGCUGUUACUCCGUCUAGUAUCCCGGAGGAGACGCUCGACCGUGAAGAUGUCGACUUGGUGCUUGGAGCCGCGCAUCUGCCGACGAUUGCUGAGAUUGUUGGCUCAUUGCCUCCGAGACCAGUAUGCGAUACGCUUGUAUCGUAUUACUUCGGUUCUAAAUAUAUGGUAUUUCCGAUUAUACAUACAACUAAAUUUCAGACAGAGUACGAAAAAUUCUGGAUGAACCCACAUGCAGCCCCUGUACUCUGGAUCGGCCUUCUCUAUGCAGUCCUGAGCGUCUCCUCUGGCUUCCGCCAGAUACGAACCGGGGGAUCGUUCGAAUCACCCAUAACAAUCGGAGCUUUACAGACGAAAACAAUCCAAUGUCUUCUUCUGGGGAAGUAUAUUCACGCUUCUGAAUAUGUUCUCGAGACACUGAUUCUUCAUCUCGAAUCAAAAUUCAUCGGGUCUGUGGACUCGAGUUUAGAUCUCUGGCAUCUUAUGGGUAUUAUUAUUCGCACUGCCAUGCGUCUCGGUUAUCAUCGAGACGCGAAGGUUUUUGGUGAAAGACUCUCGCCAUUUGAUGGAGAGAUGAGACGGCGUGUAUGGCAUACUAUCCUGCAGAUGGAUGGAUUGAUGUCCUUCCAGAUGGGUGUGCCAAGUAUGAUACCGAUGGAAUACUGCAACACAAGUAUUCCGAGUAAUCUGAAAGAUUCAGAUUUCUCUCCAGAGUCUACAUCUCUACCUCCUGCUCGUCCUUUAACUGACGACACGCCGGUUUUAUACACCAUCGUCAAGGCUGGGGUGAUGGACAUGUUCAAGAAAGUCGUCGCUGGCACCCAAUCUCCCUCCUCACCAUCUUACGCCAGCACGAUCGCCCUUGAUGCAUCUAUUCGAGAGAUAUACAGCACCAUCCCAGACGCGUUUCGAAUGAAACCCAUCUCUCAAUCACUCAUGGACUCCUCGGCCGUGAUCAUGAACCGGUGUGCUGUCGAAGUGCUAUUUCUCAAAAGCAUCAUCGUCCUGCAUCGCCCGUACUUGAGCACUGAGACUUCCAAUCCGCAAUAUGAUUUCUCACGACUUGCUGCCGUAGAUGCUGCUCUUGUCAUUCUGCAUCGACAAGACGAGCUCCAUGAGACAUCGCAGCCAGGCGGACGUCUGUAUGAAGAUCGCUGGAUGAUUUCUUCCCUCACGUUACAUGACUUCCUCCUCGCUGCUAUGGUGGUUUGUUUAUCGUUAUCUCUCGGUCUGAAGAGUCCGUCUGAGUCGUCGUGGGCGAGUCGUGGGCAUGAUUUCGAAGGUCAGUUAAAAGCUCUGGAGAAAUCAAAAACGAUAUGGGAUAGUACGAGCCAUGUCUCGACUGAAGCGCGAACGGCGGCGCAUAUAUUGGAACUUAUGAUUCGGAAAGUGAAAGGUAAGAAGGCAGGAAAGGGUGCUGGAAUACAGGAGUCGACUACUGCACUUAGCAUAAAUGUUUCGGAAAGUCUCUCCCAGACUCUGGUGGAGGAACCGCAUGUGGAUGCUAUGUUAGAUAUGUUUUGUGAUGAGAGAUCUGUAGAUUGGAGAUCUUUCGACCAAUACGUUCAUGAGAUUGGCUCACCAGGUCCGAAUAUACAGAUGCCUGAAAUGGAUUGGGAUCUGUUUGGUCUGGAUCCCAGCCGUGGUGAGAACCUCUGAGCAAGCGAGGUGCUCUUCUUUCGAGACAUUAUUGAUGACAAUAUAUGGGCGCGCCUAGACGAUAUCGCACCGACCGUACAGUAGAACAGUGGCUGUUAUCAUAAUUUACAGUGUUAAUCACUGCCGCCGUA